AAGUUGUGCCCUGUUAUGGCACUAAUUUCGUGGCUGCUGUUUUCUGGAAUCACGAAGGGUUACAUCUUCCCUCGCAUUGCCAAAGACAACCGACGUGCACUUCCAUCAAAGCGAAGUGUGGCCUCAUAUCGUACUAUUUUUUCCAAGAUGACCAAGGCCCUAUUUGAGAAGCCAUACACCACACAUAGCAUUAGAAGGUCAGCAGCACGCUGGGCAGCCAGAUGUGGUGCUGAUGAUAGCACAAUCAAAAGGGCUGGUCGCUGGAAGUCGAGCAGCUUUGAACUUUACACCCAAGACGCAAGAGCAGAAAUGAUUACUGAACUUCAUGACGACAAUCCAAGCCAGGACCAUCUGCUGUGGAUGUUUAAGCCCCUCAGAUGAAGCACCUCCCACUACAUGCCAUCCAGACAAUUAUUUCUGCCCUUGCACCUUGGCAGCCUACUGUCAAAUCAUAGCCAUCAUCAAAUGCUAUCCUACAUGGAAGGACAACCAUUCAAACCAUGGAAGGAAAACCAUACAAACCACCCUCCAUCAAAGUCAUGAUCAAUGGGACCAUGCAUGGAAG